AUGAAGGCUGUUGGGGCUCUGCUUCUCAUAGUGGCCCUGGUAGCCGUCCGGGCUUUUCCACACGCUUGCUCAGAAGGCGGCAAUUCUGGAGAUCCAAACAACAGUGGACCAGACAAUGGACAUGAUUCUGAAGAAUGCAAUCACCAGCCUGGACAUGGAGGCAAUACAAACGAUAGGGAAGGGCGUGAUGAACAUCGCGACAAGCCUGAAGGCAAUAGAGACACGAAUAAUGACGGACACUCAAUAGAAAAUAAUAACAAUGGUGGAAAGACCCACGGUAAUGAUCAAAUACACAGAAAUGGAGGUAAAAAUCAUCACCAUCAUCAAAAGAAGACCACUGUUAUAACUGAACGUAAUCACAACGUUGGUAACCAUGGCAACGCAGGUUCUAACGGCGGAGGAUCUGGUCACGGCGGGACAAAUGACAAUAAUGGUCAUAGUACAGUUAACACCGGUUCUAACAAUCAUGAUGUAAAUAAUGGUAAUGGUAGACCGAAUCAAGGUAAUGAUAAAAAGCAUCAUCAUCAUAAUAGACCGAACAAUAAUAAUGAAGGCUCAGCAAACAGUGAAGCAACUGGUCACGCCGUUAAUAAUGACAACAAUGGCCGAAGUACAGUUGACUCGGAAUCUAGAAGCGAUGCCAGAACUGAUAGUAAUGACGGGACCAGCUCAGCUAAUGGUCGAGCGACUGGGCAUGCUGAUAGAAACGAAAAUGGUGGCACUACUACAGUUGUUACCGAUUCUAACAGUCAUGCUGAAAAUAACGAGAAUAGAGGACCAGGGCAGCCUCAAGGCCAGGUUAAGAAUCACCACCACCACCACCACCAUCAUGAUAAUAAUAAUCACAACAAUGAUGGAGGAAAAGGCUCAGCUCACGGCGAAGCUACCGGCCACGCUGUAUCAGAAGGUAAUAGUGACCGCAGUUCAGUCGAUACAACAUCUAACAGUAAUGCGAGAACCGAUGAUAAUGGAAAUAGCUCGGCCAAUGGUAAAGCUACUGGUCGCGCCGAUACUAACGACAAUAGUGGUACAACUACUGUUGUCACCGUAUCUAACAGUCGUACCGAAAACAAUAACAACGGAGGGGUGAAUCAAGGUAAUGUCAAGAAGCACCAUCAUCAUCAUCAUCAUCAUGAUAGGCCACACGAUAAUAACGAGGGAAAUGACGCUCACGGAAACGACAAUAGUGGCGGUAAUACCAAUGGCAACGGAGGACCGAAUCAAGGCAAUAAUAAUGAAGGUCAAGGCUCAGCCCAUGGCGAAGCUACUGGUCACGCCGACGCAAAUAAUAAUAACGAGCACAGCUCUGCGGAUUCGACGUCCAAUAGUGAUGCUAGAACUGAUAACAACGGAGGUACUAGUUCAGCCAGCGGUGAGGCUAACAGUCAUGCAGAAACAAACGAUAAUGGUAGCAGUACUGCAGUUGACACCAGGUCUACCAGUCAUGUUGAAAAUGACGGGAGUGGAGGAAACGGACCGAGUCCAGACAAUGGUAAGAAGCAUCAUCAGCAUCCUCAUCAUCAUCAUCAUCACCAUCAUCAUAGGCAUGAUAAUAACGAAGGACAAGGCUCAGGUCACGGCGAAGCCAAUAGUCACGCCGAAAAUAAUGAAAACGGCGAUAGUAAUACGGAUCACGAGGAAUGCAAUGAUGAAAAUCACGGAAAUUCAGGGGUAGGUUCAACUGAGGAUCAUCCUCAGAGCCACGUCAAUAACCACAGAAAUGGACGCAAGCAUCAUCAUCACAAAAGACACAGAACUACAACUCGAACUAGUAGCCAUGUUGACCAUGACGGUAGUGGUGAUGGCUCAGACAAUGAUCAUGAUCAGAAUCAUAGAGAUGGAGGUAAACAUCACCAUCAUCAUCAUCACCACCAUAGAAGACAUGGUUCUACAGUUCAUACUGAUUCUAAUAGUAACAGUCAGGCUGACAAUAACGCAAACAGCGGUACGACAGUCAUCACCGAACCUAACAACCAUAGAAAUGGAAGGAAGCAUCAUCAUCAUAAACAUCAUCGCUCAACAGUUCAUACUACAACGAAUAGCCACGUUGAAAAUGGUGGAAACGAAGGUGAUCAUGACGGAAACUGCGAGUAUAACGGGCACGGAUCAGAGCAUAACCACGAUCACGAUCAUGACGAAGAUCACAAUGGUGGUCCCAGACAUCAUCAUCAUCAUCACCAUCAUCAUCAUAAACGACAUGAAAUUUCAGAAAAUAAUGGCAACGUAGGAAAAAGUUCUGCUUCGAGUGUAGCUUCUGGUCACGCUGAAGCAAGCAACGAUGAAAGCACUGCUGUAGUUGACGCUACAUCCAAUAGUCGAGCCAACAGUAAUGACAAUGGUGGGAACAGCCCCAGUGACGGCCAUGUAAGAAACCAUGUCAGAAAACACCACAAAAGAACAACCCGAAGAAGGAUACAUCGUAGGAAACACAAUACAGUCCACAACCACCAUAGGAUUCACACAGUUAUCACCCGAAAUAGAAACGAACAUGUCAGGAAUCAUAUAAAUCAUGUGAAAUCUACUGCUACUGCAGGAUCAGUUGCAGAAGUCACACACAGAGGCCGCACAAGAUGUCACAGACCUCACCAUGAUCAUCAUGAUGCGGACAAUAAUAAUUCAGGUGUAAAUACUGCAACUAACACUGGGACUGCAACUACGACUACAGUUACUGGAACGGGUUCAACUGCUACAUCUAAUAGCGACGCGACUGCCACUGCUAUAAAUGAAGGUAGUUCCAACACUGCAACUGCUCAAACAAGCGCGUCAUCUACUACGACUAAUAAUAGCGAGUCUGAAGACAAUACGUGUGAUGAUGAGGAUGAAUAUGACGAGGACUAUGAGUAUGAUGAAGAUGACGAAAACAAUACAUCGACUGCCUCUGCUGCUUCAAGUGGUAGCGCAAAUGCCACCACGACGAAUGAAGAUGGCUCUAAUGUAACAACUGCUAACUCAGGCAGUGCUGCGACUGCUAGCUCCACAAGUGGUGAUGGGUCGAACACAUCUACUGCCACUUCGGGAGGCGAUGCGUCUGCAACCUCUACGAAUGAUGGAGGCUCUAGUACGGCAGCUUCUGCAAGCAACAGCAAUGCCACUGCCACCAGUACUAAUGGAGAUGGUUCUGGAUCAGCCACUGCAACUUCAGGAAGUGACGCGACUGCAACUUCUACAAAUGGAGGAGAUUCUAACACUUAUGCUACUGCAGACAGUAAUGCUACUGCCACAUCCAAUAGUGGCAAUGAUUCGAAUACAUCUACUGCCACUUCGGGUAGCGAUGCUACUGCAACCACAAACAACACAGGAGGAUCAAAUACUGCUGCUGCUGCCAGCAACAGUAACGCCACUGCAACAUCUACAAACGGAGACGGUUCAAACACUUCUGCUACUGCAACUUCGGGAAGCGAUGCAACUGCAACCACAACAAAUGAUGGGGGCUCUAAUACUGCUACUACUGACUCUGGAAGCGAUGCUACUGCAACCACGAACAACGCGGGAGGGUCAAAUACUGCUGCUGCUGCCAGCACCAGCAAUGCCACCGCAACAUCUACAAACGGAGACGGCUCUAGUACAUCUACUGCAACUUCAGGAAGUGAAGCUACCGCCACUACGACUAACACAGCUGGCUCAAGUACUGCCACUACUCAGAGCAACAGCUCAUCCACUGUAACUGCGACAAAUGACAAUGACGCAGAAGACGACACAUGUGAUGAUGAGGACGAGGAUGACGAGGACUCUGAGGAUGAUGAAGAUACUGCAACCACCACCACCACUUCUACUAGCAGCAAUACUACUGCAACCACCACUAAUGCAGGAGGCGCUAGCACAUCUACUGCUGCGGCAGACAGCACUGCUACUGCCACUGCUACCAGUGGAGACGGCUCAAAUACGGCUACUGCUGCAAGCAACAGCAAUGCCACUGCCACCAGUACUAAUGGAGAUGGUUCCGGUUCAGCCACUGCAACGUCAGGCAGUGACGCGACUGCAACUUCUGCAAAUGGAGGAGAUUCUAACACUUCUGCUACUGCAGACAGUAAUGCUGCCGCCACCUCCAAUAGUAGCAAUGAUUCUAAUACAUCUACUGCCACUUCAGGCGCCGAUGCCACUGCCAAUUCUACAAAUGAAAAUGGUUCGAGUGCUGCUACUGCUGACUCUGGAAGCGAUGCAUCUGCAACCACAAACAACGCAGGAGGAUCAAAUACUGCUGCUGCUGCCAGCAACAGCAAUGCCACUGCCACCAGUAAUAAUGAAAAUGGUUCCGGUUCAGCCACUGCAACGUCAGGAAGUGAUGCGACUGCAACUUCUACAAAUGGAGGAGAUUCUAACACUUCUUCUACUGCAGACAGUAAUGCUGCCGCCACCUCUAAUAGUGGCAAUGAUUCUAAUACAUCUACUGCCACUUCGGGAGCCGAUGCCACUGCCAAUUCCACAAAUGGAAACGACUCUAGUACAGCCACUGCUGGAAAUGAUGCAUCUGCAACCACAAACAACGCAGGAGGAUCUAAUACUGCUACUGCUGCCAGCACCAGUAACGCUACUGCAACAUCUACAAACGGAGACGGCUCUAGUACAUCGACUGCAACUUCUGGCAGUGACGCGACUGCAACUUCUACAAACACAUCAGGUUCAAGUACUGCCACUACUCAGAGCAACAGCUCAUCCACUGUAACUACGACAAAUGACAAUGAUGCAGAAGACGACACAUGUGAUGAUGAGGACGAGGAUGACGAGGACUCUGAGGAUGAUGAAGAUACUGCAACCACCACCACCACUUCUACUAGCAGCAAUACUACUGCAACCGCCACUAAUGCAGGAGGCGCUAGCACAUCUACUGCUGCGGCAGACAGCACUGCUACUGCCACUGCUGCCAAUGGAGAUGGUUCCGGUUCAUCCACUGCAACAUCUGGCAGUACAAGCACAGCCACUGCCAAUUCUACAAAUGACGGAGGCUCUAAUACGGCAGCUGCUGCAAGCAACAGCAGUGCAACUGCAACAACCACAAAUGCUGAUGGGUCAAACACUACUGCUACUGCGGGCAGUGAUGCCACUGCCAAUUCUACUAAUGAAGGAGGGUCUGCUACCGCUGGUUCUGGAAGCGACGCGUCUGCAACCACAAACAAUGCAGGAGGAUCAAAUACGGCUACUGCUGCCAGCAACAGCAACGCCACUGCCACCAGUACUAAUGGAGAUGGUUCCGGUUCAGCCACUGCAACGUCAGGAAGUGACGCGACUGCAACUUCUACAAAUGGAGGAGAUUCUAACACUUCUUCUACUGCAGACAGUAAUGCUGUCGCCACAUCCAAUAGUAGCAAUGAUUCGAACACAUCUACUGCCACUUCAGGAGCCGAUGCAACUGCCAAUUCUACCAAUGAAGGAGGGUCUGCUACUGCUAGUUCUGGAAGCGAUGCUUCUGCAACCACAAACAACGCAGGAGGCUCAAAUACUGCUACUGCUGUAAGCAACAGUAACGCUACUGCAACAACUACAAAUGGAGAUGGUUCUAGCACAUCUACUGCAACUUCUGGCAGUGAAGCUACUGCCACCACAACAAAUGGGAGUGGCUCGAGUACCACCACUACUCAGAGCAACAGCUCCUCCACUGUAACUACGACAAAUGACAAUGACGCAGAAGACGACACAUGUGAUGAUGAGGACGAGGAUGACGAGGACUCUGAGGAUGAUGAAGAUACUGCAACCACCACCACCACUUCUACUAGCAGCAACACUACUGCAACCACCACUAAUGCAGGAGGCGCUAGCACAUCUACUGCUGCGGCAGACAGCACUGCUACUGCCACUGCUACCAGUGGAGACGGCUCCAACACAUCGUCAGCUACGUCAGGGAGCGAUGCCACUGCCACCACGACAAAUGGAGGAAGCACUAAUACGGCAACUGCUGACUCUGGAAGCGAUGCUACUACAACCACCAACAACGCAGGAGGAUCAAAUACUGCUACUGCUGCCAGCAACAGCAACGCCACUGCCACCAGUACUAAUGGAGAUGGUUCCGGUUCAGCCACUGCAACGUCAGGAAGUGACGCGACAGCAACUUCUGCAAAUGGAGGGGAUUCUAACACUUCUUCUACUGCAGACAGUAAUGCUGUCGCCACAUCCAAUAGUAGCAAUGAUUCGAACACAUCUACUGCCACUUCAGGAGCCGAUGCAACUGCCAAUUCUACCAAUGAAGGAGGGUCCGCUACUGCAGCUUCGGGAGGUGAUGCGUCUGCAACCACAACAAGUGAUGGGGGCUCCAACACGGCUUCUGCUGACUCUGGAAGCGAUGCAACUGCAACUACAAACAACGCAGGAGGAUCAACUACGGCAACUGCUGCCAGCAACAGCAAUGCCACUGCAACAUCUACAAACGGAGACGGCUCUAGUACAUCUACUGCAACCUCUGGAAGUGAUGCUACUGCGAGUUCUACGAAUGGAAAUGGCUCAGGGACAGCCACCGCAACUGCAGAAAGUGAAGCUGCCGCCACUACGACCAACGCAGCAGGUUCAAGUACUGCCACUACUCAGAGCAACAGCGCAUCCACUGUAACUACGACAAAUGACAAUGACGCAGAAGAUGACACAUGUGAUGAUGAGGACGAGGAUGACGAGGACUCUGAGGAUGAUGAAGAUGACGAAAACAAUACUUCGACUGCCUCUGCUGCUUCAAGUGGUAGCGCUAAUGCCACCUCGACGAAUGAAGAUGGCUCUAAUGUAUCAACUGCUAACUCAGGCAGCGCUGCGACUGCUAGCUCCACAAGUGGUGAUGGGUCGAACACAUCUACUGCCACUUCGGGAGCCGAUGCGUCUGCAACCUCUACAAAUGAUGAAGGCUCUAGUACGGCAGCUGCUGCAAGCAACAGCAAUGCCACUGCAACUUCCACGAAUGACGAUGGCUCAAACACUUCUGCUACUGCAGACAGUAAUGCUGGCGCUACUUCCACUAGUAGCAAUGAUUCGAAUACAUCCACUGCCACUUCGGGAGGAGAUGCAUCUGCAACCUCCACUGAUGACAGUGGCACUAAUACUGCUACUGCUGAUUCUGGAAGCGAUGCUACUGCAACCUCCACAAAUGCAGAUGGUUCAAAUACAGCGACUGCAACGUCUGAUAGUACAGCCACAGCUACUUCGGGCGGCGACGCCAAUUCUACGAAUGAAGGUGGGUCUGCUACUGCUGGUUCUGGAAGCGAAGCGUCUGCAACCACAAACAACGCAGGAGGAUCAAAUACUGCUGCUGCUGCCAGCAACAGUAACGCUACUGCUACAUCUACGAACGGAGACGGCUCGAGUACGUCUACUGCAACAUCUGGCAGUGAAGCUACUGCCACUACAACUAACACAGCAGGCUCAAGUACUGCCACUACUCAGAGCAACAGCUCCUCCACUGUAACUACGACAAAUGACAAUGACGCAGAAGACGACACAUGUGAUGAUGAGGACGAGGAUGACGAGGACUCUGAGGAUGAUGAAGAUACUGCAACCACCACCACCACUUCUACUAGCAGCAAUACUACUGCAACCACCACUAAUGCAGGAGGCGCUAGCACAUCUACUGCUGCAGCAGACAGCACGGCUACUGCCACUGCUGCCAAUGGAGAUGGUUCAAAUACGGCUACUGCUGCCAGUAACAGCAACGCCACUGCCACCAGUACUAAUGUAGAUGGUUCUGGAGCAUCCACUGCUGCUUCAACUAGCAAUGCUACUGCCACCACUACAAAUGGGGAUGGUUCACACACUACUGCUACUGCUGGCAGUGACGCCACUGCCUCCUCAAAUAGUGGCAAUGAUUCGAACACAUCUACUGCCACUUCAGGAGCCGAUGCCACUGCCAAUUCUACCAAUGAAGGAGGGUCUGCUACUGCAGCUUCGGGAGGUGAUGCGUCUGCAACCACAACAAAUGAUGGGGGCUCCAAUACUGCUACUGCUGACUCUGGAAGCAAUGCUACUGCAACCGCAAACAAUGCAGGGAGCUCAAAUACUGCAGAUGCGUCAGCAAACAGCGACGCUACUGCAACAUCCACAAAUGGAGACGGCUCUAAUACAUCUUCUGCAACCUCUGAAAGUGACGCGACUGCGACUUCUACAAACGGAGACGGCUCUAGUACAUCUACUGCAACCUCUGGAAGUAACUCUACUGCGAGUUCCACGAAUGGGGAUGGUUCAAACACAUCGACAGCCACUUCUGGCAGUGAAGCUACUGCCACUACAACUAACACAGCAGGCUCAAGUACUGCCACUACUCAGAGCAACAGCUCAUCCACUGUAACUACGACAAAUGACAAUGACGCAGAAGACGACACAUGUGAUGAUGAGGACGAGGAUGACGAGGACUCUGAGGAUGAUGAAGAUACUGCAACCACCACCACCACUUCUACUAGCAGCAAUACUACUGCAACCACCACUAAUGCAGGAGGCGCUAGCACAUCUACUGCUGCAGCAGACAGCACUGCUACUGCCACUGCUACCAAUGGAGAUGGUUCCGGUUCAUCCACUGCAACAUCUGGCAGUACAAGCACAGCCACUGCCAAUUCUACAAAUGACGGAGCCUCUAAUACGGCAGCUGCUACAAGCAACAGCAGUGCCACAGCAAUAACCACAAAUGCUGGUGGGUCAAACACUACUGCUACUGCAGCUACGGAAGGUGAUGCGUCUGCAAGCACAACAAAUGAUGGGGGCUCGAACACUGCUACUGCUGACUCUGGAAGCGAUGCCACUGCCACCACGACAAAUGGGGAUGGUUCAAAUACGGCUACUGCUGCCAGCAACAGCAAUGCCACUGCCACCAGUACUAAUGGAGAUGGUUCCGGUUCAGCCACUGCAACGUCAGGAAGUGACGCGACUGCAACCACGACAAAUGGAGGAGAUUCUAACACUUCUGCUACUUCAGACAGUAAUGCUACUGCCACCUCCACUACUAGCAAUGAUUCUAAUACAUCUACUGCCACUUCGGGAGGCGAUGCCACUGCCAAUUCUACCAAUGAAGGAGGGUCUGCUACCGCAGCUUCGGGAAGUGAUGCGUCUGCAACCACAACAAAUGAUGGGGGCUCCAAUACUGCCACUGCUGACUCUGGAAGCGAUGCAUCUGCAACCACAAACAACGCAGGAGGCUCAAAUACUGCUGCUGCUGCCAGUAACAGCAAUGCCACUGCCACUAGCACGGAUGACUCCAACACAUCGACUGCGUCAGCGGACAGCAACGCUACUGCAUCAUCUAACAAUGGAGAUGGCUCCGGUUCAUCCACUGCCACUUCAGGUAGCGAUGCCACUGCAACAUCAACAACCGGGAAUGGCUCAUCUACUGCAACUUCUAGUGGCGAUGCUUCUGCCACUGCGACCAACACUGAUGACGGCUCGGACGAGGAUAACUGCGAUAGUGAUGAAGAUGAUGAUUCCGAUACAGAUUCAGACGACGACGAUGAAGAUGAUGAUAAUGAUUCUUCAGCAGUCACUGCUUCGUCUGGGAGUAAUUCCAUCGCCACCUCUACAAAUGGAAAUGGAACGAGCACAGCUGCUGCUAAUUCUGGGAGUAAUUCGACAGCUACUACAAACAACGGAGGCCCAAACUCAGCGACUGCUGCAAGCAAUAGCAACGCCACUGCAAGCAGCAAUGACGGGUCAAACACGGCUACUGCCACUUCAAACAGCGCAGCUACAGCAACAACCACAAAUGGAGGCUCCACAUCAACUGCAGGAAGUGGUGGAACUGCAACAUCUACUAAUGGAGAUGACACAAAUACUGCAACUGCUACUUCUGAAAGCGCGGCCACUGCCACUACAACAAAUAAUGGUGGCCAAAGUACUUCUACUGCCACAACUGCAACUUACGCAGCUGCAAGUGCACAAAAUACAGGCUCUUCUGGUACGAAUACGGCUACUGCUACUGCGAAUUCUGUUGCUACAGCCACUGGGUCUAAUACUGCAACAAGAACUAACACAGCAACUGCUACAAGCAACAGUGUUGCCACUGCAACGAAUAACGGCUGCCAAACUGUAACUACUUCUGCUGGUAACAACGGUCCUACUACAACUACUGGCAACACAGCACCAGUAACAAAUUGUAACAAUGGCAAUCAGAAUGGAGUACCAAACGUAAAUAAUGGAGGAUCCAUAUACACCAGUCACGUCAGUGAAUCGAAGCAGUCUUCAAGCAUCCACACGGCUAAGAAAACAGUCAUUACCAAGUCCAGCGACGGCAAAGAGUUUGUUGACACACAAGAGUCAGCAGCUAAUGUUUUUGACGCCAAACGGUCUGAAGCUGAUACUUUCGAGAGCAAUAUUGGAGGAACUCGUGUUACUCAAGUGAGACAAAAUAAUGAAGAGCUAUACAACCAGGGUAACAGAUUCCAGGCUACAAAGUUAGAACGGGAUAACGAUGGCAGUGUCAAGAGAGAAGUUUUUAAUGAUGCUCAAGAAAGGGGACGGUAUAAAGCGCAGGAGUACGAAAGGAAAAAGGUAGAAAGUGCCUAUGGUGUGAGUGACGUAAGCAGGAGUGAUGUAAAUGAGGAUAGCUUUGAUAGAAGGUUUAGAAGUAGGUCGGUUGAUGGCUCUGAUGUUGAUUGCGAUAAAUAAUCUGUCGUGUGGUUCAUAAAUUCAGAUCUUACGAAAGGCCAAAUCUAUAUUAACGAAACUAUUGACAUGAUUUGGAAAGCUAC